ACUACUGGAACAAAAGUACUGGAGAGGCCUGCUUGCGGAAUUUCUGCUGCUCGCCAGAAAUAAAGAGAAUGAACAAGUUGGAAAAAUCAACAUAUCUGGGAGGAGUGGGCCUUUAAGGGAAGUUGGUGAGUUUGGGGGUGGCACCUCGGUACUAGCUCCCUAAUGCCUGUUGCCGGCGUCAGAGAGCCGGCUGGUCGACCCACGGUCUCACGUAGUUGGAAAUCCUUGGGCUCCCCGUAUUUCCGUCUCCGCACCUCGCCCGCACACCGAGGACUCCGGAGGCUGCCCAGCCGACGCGCAGUCCUUUUCUUACACCUCUUGGUGACAAGUGCGAAACCGAAGGGCAGUAUGAAGCCAGUGAAGAAAAAGAAAACCGAAGAACCUGAAUUGGAGCCCCUGUGCUGCUGCGAAUACAUGGAUCGAAAUGGGGAGAAGAACCACAUGGCCGCUUGUUUGUGUGACUGCCAAGAUCUCGAUGAAGGCUGUGAUAGAUGGUUUACAUGUAAAUCAGUACAGCCAGAGACUUGUGAAAGAAUCAUGGAUACGAUUUCUGAUCGCCUCCGGAUUCCUUGGCUUAGAGGAGCCAAAAAAAUUAACAUUAGCAUCAUCCCUCCACUCGUACUUCUGCCUGUCUUCCUGCACGUGGCUUCCUGGCAUUUCCUCUUGGGGGUAGUGGUUUUGACCUCCCUUCCUGUGCUGGCACUGUGGUACUACUACCUCACUCACAGAAGGAAAGAACAGACUUUGUUUUUCCUGAGCCUUGGACUGUUUUCACUGGGCUACAUGUACUAUGUGUUCCUGCUGGAAGUAGUCCCCGAAGGGCGUGUGGGGCCCACUCAGCUGGCUGUUCUUACCUGCGGGUUAUUUCUGAUACUCUUCGCCUUGUACAGAGCCAAGAAGAAUCCAGGCUACCUCAGCAAUCCAGCAAGCAAUGACAAAUCCCUAAGCAGCAGCCAAAUUGAAUGCCUGGACAGAAAAGGGCAGGAGAAGACCAAAGGGUUCCCUGGAACAGAUACUUCAGGGAGUCUCAACAACCGCACCUUGAAGGAUGAUCUUAAGAGCUCCUCCAGAAUGCUGGCAGGAAGCCCCACCAAGGUGAAGGAGGACUGGUGUGCCAAGUGCCAGCUGGUGCGACCAGCCCGGGCAUGGCACUGCCGGAUCUGUGGCAUCUGUGUGAGGAGAAUGGAUCAUCACUGUGUCUGGAUAAAUAGCUGCGUUGGAGAAUCAAAUCAUCAAGCAUUUAUACUUGCCCUUCUGAUCUUCUUGCUCACUUCGGUAUAUGGAAUAACACUCACCCUGGACACCAUCUGUAGAGACAGAAGUAUCUUCACAGCUCUCUUCUAUUGUCCUGGAGUUUAUUCAAAUCACAGCUCAGCUCUGUCCUUCACCUGUGUGUGGUACUCUGUGAUCAUCACCUCGGGUAUGGCCUACAUCUUCCUGAUUCAGCUAAUAAACAUCAGUUACAAUGUGACUGAGAGGGAAGUUCAGCAAGCCCUUCGGCAGAAGACUGGGCGCCGGCUCCUCUGGGGGCUCAUCGUGGACACAGGCCAGUACAACAGGGGCUUCCUGAGGAAUUGGCAUCAAUUCUCCACCCUGGGCACAUGUUCCUUCCACCACCCUGCCGAGGACAUAGUCUGAAGUGCCUUCCGUGCAGCUCUGAGGGUGGCUCCUCCCUCCGACUCCUUUCCAUUUUACACUUAAGUGUCCCCAGUUUCUUACAGGCAUUACGCUCAGGAUUGGAGACUGGACUGGAAAGAAGUUAAUUUUUCUGACUUCACAACUUAAGAGUUUUUUAUAUUGAAGCAGUAAAAGUAAAGCCAUUUCUUUCCAGUCACUUAUUAAUUGAUUCAGUCACCAUUAGUUGAAAAGGAUGUGGGUUGCUAAUACACAAAUUGAUGGAAGCAAUUCUUGUCCAUUAGUAUGGGGGAAAGAGUUUUGGAUUAGGAUAGUUUCUAGUCCCUCUUUCAAUUAUUAAUAGCCAUGUGACCCUUAGUUGAGUCACUUUCCAAAGUCUCAGGUUCAUCUGUAAUGUGGGGUACUGAUGCCUGCCCUGGCUGCCUCACUGAACCAGUGUGAGGGUCACGUGAGGGAUGAGGAAUGUGGAAAGUACUAUGAAAUGAGGGGAGCCCUGGAGGUAUGAAGUAUUAAGAAAUCCCAAGACUGAGGAAGAAUGUUGUAGGUCAAUAUUAAAGCCAAUCUUAUUAGGGUCAUUAGAUUUCACCAUAUACCAUAUUGUAUAGCAAUGAGAAUUUUUCCGUAAGUAUUAGAUGCUAACUACUCUCACAGGGUAGGAGGUGACUAGAGGCUUGAAGCUAGUCACCUGACCCUGACAGGCUACUUGGUUACAAGGGUAAAGAUAAUUCUUGUCAGUGUGAUAUGAGUGAUAAUUCUUUUCAGUGGUCAUGAGCUUAGGUGAUGGGUUUUUAUGUUUAUUUCUUUAUGUAUUCUUUUGGGUGUACUGUAACUCCAGUAGACAUUAAUGUUUUUUCCUCUUUCCAUGUUUCACUUGGUAAGGUGCUAGCCACUUGUGUUGGUGGCUGGAAGAGGAACAGAUACUCCUACAGGAAUGCUUUUACUCUCUCUCCUGGGUAGGGAUGUUGAUUAAUAUCAAGGGCUUGAUUUUUUUUGUUCAUGUAAGUAUUUCAAAUGCUGUCAGUUUAUAGCACUAAAUUGCAAAAAAUCAGUCUUGUGGCAUUCACGUUAUUCUGGCAUGAACUUUUUUAGAAGAGUUGAUUGACACCUUCCCACUUAACUUGCACAUUACUUCUCAUUCACCUUCCUUACAUAAAAGUAUCUCACCAGGAGAGAAAAAACAGGGUAUAUGGUUUCCAUGGAUUAAUAAAUUACUAUUCUCCUCUUGACCUUUCCCAAAUAACAAGUUGUUGCUUUAAUCAUAUCUCAAAACUGAAAAUAUAUAAAGGAUUAAAUACUUAUAUAGAAUGGGUUAUUCUUUUUUUUUUUUCAGUACCGGAGAUCGAACUCAGGACCUUGCUCUUGUGAGGCAGGCUCGGUGCCACUGAGCUAAAUCCCAGCCCUAGAAUGGGUUAUUCUGCCAUAGAGUUUCAGAUGGGGAAAAAAAUGUCCUCUUGAAAUGGUUGGUUUCAUACAUGUACUGUUCUACAAUCCCAAAGAUAAUUCAUGAAUCCUUAAAUUUUCCUUGGCUUGUUGCUUACUACAGGGAAAAUAUUGCAAGCUUGUUCUGUUAUUCUGUGGAUGCUGCUUUAGCAAUGGAUUUGUAAGUGUUGAGAGGAAAUAUUGCUACUUUCUGCACUUCUGCUCUCUGUAGCUAACACCAUUCCUAGUCUCACUGUCCCUAGCACAGUUGUCAUGUUUUUAUUCAGGCUUGUCAUUGCUCUCCCCAGAGAGGAAUUGUUUAACAAACAAUAGGCUCCGUAUUCCACUGGGAUGAGCCAAGGAAUAAGCCUGGGAAUAUGAGCAGAUGCUGUGGUUUCUACAGUCAUGCCCUCUCCUCGGCACAGAGUCAGAUAUUCACUUAGAAUUAAAGUUGGCUCUGAUAUCACCAAUUUCUGUGUAGGCUUUUAGAUAAGAGAAACAGUAAUAAGGUCAAGGACAGCAUAUGUAGGCAGAAAUUGGUAGUUUUCAUCUCUUGAAUUCCAGCUGUAUAGCCAGCUCUGUCUUCUAGCAGUUGAUAAUAAAAAUUCAUAGAAACAUUAGUAUAGUAAUUAUAGCUUGCCAAGUCUUUAACAGCAACCCAAAUAUGAUAUGAUGAGGCUGAGUAGUACCAAAUGAUGAAAGCCAUUGGUAAGCAUUAGGAAGGUUCACCAUCUUUGUAACAAGUCCCCCUAACGGGUCGGCUGAAUAAGGCAACUCAGUUUCCCUUGCUUGGAUAGGAGCUCCCUUCAUAUUAUUCUGACCAAUUGGAAUUACAAUGCUUACUUUAAGUUCCUUGAGAACUCACUCUUGGCACUUUACAGAAGAGCUCAGACAUGAACGUUUUUGGUUUUGAGCCUUCUGAAGUGUUUGUACCAAAAGGACAAAAAAAAAGGUUAUUUAUGUGCAUUGUUUUUGUAGGCUCUACCAAAUCCUUGGUCUAGACUCCUAGACUUUUGAGCAUUUUUAAUGAUCUGGAGCUAUUUGAAGGAUUUUGUGAUAGUGCUUGGUUCUCUUCAGAGGGCAGAAUUUUCUGUGGAAUCUUUGAACGGACAAGGCCUCUGAAUGAACUGUCCCACAGAAACAUCUGGUGGUGGUGGCAGUGGAGAAUUUCCCUGCAGUCUCUUGGCCAUAGAUUCGAGCCCCCUCCCCUCAAUGUGAUUCCAAACAAGCCAGUUCUCUACUCCUGGCCCAGUCCCUCAGCCUCUGUUCAGAAACAUACUGGAUGUGGAGCUUAAUAAAUUGCCUUUUUUUAGGGUUACUCUGCUGCAAAAGAAAAGCCUUACAUGUGUUUUCAGGACAAUGUGCUGCUUAUUUCACCUCUGCCACAUAUGUGUUUGUGUUUAGGAUUUUACAGAUCUUUGUUCUCCAAGUUGUGUUUUCCUCUGGUGAAUGAAAUGAUUGUUGUCUUCCACUGUGCCAUAUGCCUAGAAGAAAGAUUGCUACAAACUUUCUCUUGUGCAAUAGUCCUUGGUACUUUUAAUAUUUUUAGCAAGAGAAAAUUUUCUAUAUUAGAAUCUUUCACUGCCAGAAAACACAAUGCCAGUAAGAUUCUACGUAAUACUGAGCAUCUGCUUCACAGACUUACUUCCUUUGGGUAUGACAUUAGCUUUUUAUUAUAAAGGUGAACUAAUAGAAGCAAAAUUAAAACAUCUAGAAGCACAGUUUUAACCAGGAUGUUUAAAAAUUAAUGUUUUGUGAUGUUAAGGGUUUCUUCACAUAAGUAGGUUUAUAUGACUUACCUUCAGUUUAGCCAUAUUUUGGUAACCUGGAUUUUGAAAAGGAGGACUUUCUCAAGCAAUGCAUGAUAAAAGACUUGCUUGAGGCACCUGUUGGGAAUCUAGUUUUCUCAGCAGCAACUUGACAAGUUUGCCAUUUUAUAUUAUAUACUGCAAAGGCAAAGCAGGGGCAAAUGAAAGCCAUGCUAAACUUAACAAGAAUAAAAUUCAAUAUGUUCUUAUGGUUAUUGCUGUGAUUAAUAUAAACUUUUUGCAGAAUCAGCUAAAUUUAAUCCUGUUGCUAAUGCACACUUAUCCAUACUUCAGCUGGCACUGAGUAUUUCACUAUAGUGUUAGCAGCAGGCCAAAGACUUAAUGGUUAAUGGAGACAAAUUUCUUAGAGGCUGCCAUGACUGUUUCCAAGUUGGGCUUGUGACUUAUUAGUACUCUAGCCUUCCUGAUGGCACCUUUCACCUUUAGAACUUCAUAUUUAAAAGUCAAAGCUUUAAAAAAAAUCAAAGCUGUUCUAAUUACUGAUGCAACUAGAAUUGUGUGUUGCUUCAGGUGGAGCCACUGACAGGAUACCACAGAGCUUGAGAGCUCAACUUGUGAUCUUAUGGUCUGGGUGAUUUGAUGGUUUCACUUGUCAGGGCUUAAUUAUUAAAUAUUAAAUCAGUAUUUAAUGUAACUGGCCUGACAACAUUAAAGGUUUUCCAGAGCAAAUCUGAAGGCUGUGAGCUAAAAAUUUUGCACUGUUUUUAUACUUGUAUUCAUAUUCUAUUAUCACCUCAGACUCAGAUACAAAGCCUUUUAAGUGGAGAUUUUACAAAUAAUUGCCACUUGUGUAAAAUAAUGUCCUGUGACCUAGUUAUUCAAAUGGAAAAUAAAGUGCUUUCUUUAAGGAA